AUGAUAUCAGCUCCUCAUCUUAAGUUUCACCUAAAAGAAAUCAAUCAAACAAAAACAAUAAUGAGAUUACUGUUUCGUCAUCAUCAGAAUCAUCAGAAUGCCGUCGAGAUUGCUGCUUCGUCAUCAUCGGAAUCAUCAGAAUGCCGUCGAGAUUGCUACUUCGUCAUCGUCGGAAUCAUCGGAACGCCGUCGAUGAAAUUUUGUUUUCGUUAUGCUGCAAUUUCUUCUUGUGUUGAUCUUGAUGAUGAUGAUACAGUUGAGCAGCGUGAUGUUAACCCGAGAAGACAAAGCACGAGAAAUAUACAAGUGACAGUGUCAUCCGUACAGUUAAUCUUCGGUCAAGUGCACGGCGGGGAUGAUGAGUUUCAAGCAUUUAAAGAAGGUAACUAAGCAACUAUCCAUUCUUCAAAGUGGGACUUCAAGAUCGUAUAAGUUGCUGAAAAGCUAAUUGCAGAUAUUUAGUGUUGAAAAAAAAGGAACAAGACGGGGAAAAAAGUAGACAGAAUUAUACCGUACAGAAGCAAAGAAACAAAAUUUACAAAUUAAUUGUAAAUGCUAUAAUUUAUGCUUAUUUUUAUAAUUCUAAAACUAUUGUCUUUUUAGUAAAACGAUAGUCAACUGUUAGUAAAUUAACUUAUCUUUUAGUAAACGGUUGGCAAUU